AUGGCUACCUUCGCGUUUGCUGCAGGUCUUAGAGUCGAGUCAAGAAUGAACGUGGCCAGUCCAGAUGUUGCCAAAACACCGCAGCGGGCGCCAAACGACAAGGAGCUUGAAGCUAUCGAACUUCCUGACUAUGGCCACUUCAAAUGCAGUGCACAACACUAUAAUCCAGAAAUCAGUCCAGCUGAGCCGCAGAAACCGGCCGCAGCAAAGUCAGGAGCUCAUACCCCGUCGUCACCCCAAGAUCUAGAGGCAAGCCUUCCACCUACCCCAAGACAGCACGAAGUCACGAGCAUGGUUCCAAGCUUCUCAUAUCCGCCGAUGAACAGGUUCCGCGUACUUGCGGCGUGUCUCGUUUACCUUGGCAAUGGACUGAACGAUAGCGCUCCAGGUGCAUUACUACCGUACAUGGAGGCCUAUUAUCAUAUAGGCUACGCCGUCGUGUCAACAAUAUGGAUUGCCAACGCUGUCGGCUUCAUACUUGCAGCGUUCUGCACAGAUGUUCUGCAUGGCCGAGUGGGUCGUGCCAGGGCGUUGAUGAUCUCUGAGACAAUCAUGACUGCAGGCUACGUGAUGAUCGUAUGCUCGCCACCGUUCCCAGCAGUUGCGGUGGCGUUCUUCCUAAUCGGUUUUGGCUAUGCACUGAACCUUGCGUUGAACAACGUCUUUUGCGCGAACCUGGCAAAUUCGACAGCUAUUCUUGGUGCUUCCCACGGAUCAUACGGUAUCGGCGGGAUCGUAGGUCCUAUCAUUGCGACCGCACUGGUCUCGCGUGGCGUACUAUGGAGCCGCUUCUACCUCAUCACGAUUGGCGUUCGCAUUGUGUGCUUUUGCUUCGCAGGCUGGUCCUUCUGGAAUUACGAGAACGAGGGUACCACGCAGUUCAGCAAUAGUCUUCAGCAGUUCGCAAGCCGCCAAGCCGCCGCCGAGAUGGGCGAGCCUACCAAGCUUCAGCUGCUCGGCUGGGCACUGAGAAAUAAAACGACCAUCAUCGGUGCGCUCUUCAUCUUCGCCUACCAAGGUGCUGAAGUAUCGGAGUCUGGAUGGUUCAUCUCGUAUCUCAUAAACUAUCGCGACGGAAACCCCGCGAAGGUGGGAUACGUAACCUCCGGCUUCUGGGCCGGUAUCACUCUAGGGAGGUUUAUCCUGGUCCAUGCGGCAAACCGUAUAGGCGAGAAGGUUUAUGUCGUCGGCCUGACAGCGGGUGUGAUCGUGUUUCAGCUCAUUGCGUGGUUCGUUCCGAAUGUGAUUGGUGAUUCUGUUGCCGUAGCAAUCGUCGGUUUGCUGCUGGGUCCGGUGUAUCCGUGCGCUCAGACAAUCUUCACUCGACUCCUACCUGGUAAUCUGCAAACGACUGCCAUUGGAUUUAUCGCCGGGGCGGGUUCCUCGGGAGGCGCUGUGGUACCGUUUCUCACGGGACUGCUAGCGCAAGCGUUUGGUACCUGGGUCCUACAUCCCGUGUGCAUUGGCUUCUACUGCUUCAUGUUGGGGUGUUGGGCACUCCUGCCGCGUAUUGCCAAGCGGACAGAGUGA